AUGAAUCGAUUUGCAAAGUGUUUAGCUAACUAUGUACCUCUUACACCUCUCACUUUCAUCAAGAGAGCGUCCAUGGUUUACCCAACCCGCACUUCGAUCAUAUAUGACCGAGUCCAAUUCAACUGGAGACAAACAUACGAGCGAUGCUGCCGUCUAGCCGACUCUCUUCGGUCUCUUCAUGUUGUCAAGAAUGAUGUUGUAUCUGUACUGGCACCAAACGUACCCGCGUUAUAUGAGAUGCAUUUUGCAGUUCCUAUGGCAGGCGCUGUACUUAACGCGAUCAAUACAAGGCUAGAUGCCAAACACGUAGCGUCCAUACUCCGCCAUUCGGAAGCUAAGGUCUUGUUCGUAGAUUAUGAGUUUGUCCCCUUAGCAUCCGAGGGACUUCGGUUGUUAGUAGCCGAUAAUUUAGAAGACAAGGCUUGUGGCCGGAUUCAUAGGCCGCUUGUUGUCGUGAUCGAUGACAUUAGCAACCCCACCGGGGUGCGUCUUGGCAACCUAGAGUAUGAGCAACUCGUCGAUGAUGGAAAUCCAAAUUACUGUGGUGAAGAUUUGGAAGACGAGUGGGAUGCUAUCGCGCUGAACUACACGUCUGGAACCACCUCUGAACCUAAAGGGGUGGUCUAUAGCCACCGAGGGGCUUUUCUAAGCACAAUGAGCUUGAUUCAAGGGUGGGAACUCUGUACUGAGGCGGUGUACCUAUGGUCACUACCAAUGUUCCAUUGUAACGGUUGGACGUUUCCAUGGGGCGUGGCAGCUAGAGGUGGCACCAACGUUUGCAUACGCAACACGACCGCAAAUGAAAUGUACACUAGUAUUUCCAAGCACAAUGUGACUCACAUGUGUUGUGCACCUGUUGUGUUCAACAUUCUUUUAGAGGCGAAACAGCAUGAGCGUUGCGAAAUAACCUCUAAGGUAAAUGUUCUUACAGGCGGUGCACCGCCGCCAGCUCCUCUCUUGGAGAAGAUGGAAGACAUGGGAUUCAACAUAACACAUGCUUACGGUCUUACUGAGGCCACAGGACCUGCCCUCGUAUGCGAGUGGCAAUCGAAAUGGAAUCUUCUAGCUAGAGAUGAUCAAUCCAGAUUGAAGGCUCGGCAGGGUGUAAGUAUACUCACACUCGCUGAUGUGGAUGUCAAGAACAAGAAAACAAUGAAGGGUGUUCCGCAUGAUGGUAAGACAAUGGGGGAGAUUGUACUCCGCGGAAGCAGCAUCAUGAAAGGGUACUUCAAAGAUGACAAAGAAACUGCAAAUGCCUUUCAGAAUGGAUGGUUCUUCACUGGUGAUGUCGGAGUUAUCCAUCCAGAUGGAUACAUUGAAAUCAAAGACCGAUCAAAAGAUGUGAUUAUAUCAGGAGGCGAAAACAUCAGUAGUGUAGAACUAGAGUCGGUUCUAUUCAAACACCAUGCCAUACUCGAAGCUGCCGUGGUCGCGAUGCCUCAUCCACGGUGGGGAGAGAGCCCCUGUGCUUUCCUUGUGUUAAGAGAGACAAGUGAUGCUACUGAAGCAGAAAUCUUGGCAUAUUGUCAGAAAAAUAUUCCAAAGUUUAUGGUUCCGAAGAAGGUGGUGUUUGUGAAAGAGCUACCGAAAACAGGAACAGGAAAAAUUCAAAAACAAGUGCUUAGAAAACUGGCAAAAUCUCUUCAGAACUCAUGCACAAAGGAUAAAACUUCUUAAAAACACAGUUACUUUGAUCAUAUACAUACGCACCUAACAAUUGCAAUAUAUUGACCACAAUCCAUAGUACAUUGUCCUGGCCCCUGGGUAUUGUUUCCUUCCACUGUCAUAUAUCAACAUUUUUUUCUGAUUAA